CAAACAAGGAAGUGGAAAUUCCACUUUGGUCCAGAUAUUUAUGUGUCUGUAACAAACACCCGGUCUGGUUGCGAGGUCUCCACUAGCUGGCGGCACAUUACAGACUCCUACAGGUAUUUCAAUACCAGUGACAUGACAUGAUGCAGAACUCUUCACAGAGCAUCACGGUUCUGCUCAGCUCAGCUGCUGAAGAUGGCGAUUGGGAUCUGGUCAAGGAUGUCAUUAGUCAUGGCGAUGUCACUGACACUGAGGUCACACAGUCCUUCCUCUUACAGAAACUGGCGUCUGCUACUGGGAUUAGUCAGCACCUUGUCAAAAACAUUCUCAAAAAUAUUUUUUCAAACCGAUCUACUAGUGACACUCUUCAAUAUGUCGCAGAAGAAGCUGUUGUUAGAGCGGCUCACUGUGACAAGUGGGACACCCUGAUUUCUUUUCUCUCGUUGGGUGACAUUUUACUCGAAGAUGACACAAACCUGCUCUUAGUUACAGAACUAAUGGCAUCGAGCGAAUAUCUCAGGAAAAGCUAUUACCUGCAAACAAAUGUUUUCAUUUGUGUUUGGAGACACGCAAAGCAGAAGAUUCUGGACAGCACAGACAAAAGAGUACAGAACACUUUAGUGCAGUUGGCAGCGGAACUCAACAUGUGGUCACGUGUCUGUGACCUCCUCGCCGCCAAGCCGGACCUGAACCUUCUUGACAGGGAUGGUCUGUCAGUCCUACACAGACUUGUCAUGUGCCCUGACAGCAGGUUCGACUCUCUUCUGCCGGUUCUUUUGGAGAAGGGUGCUGACGUCAGCAUUAAGAAUUCGGAGGGAGACACAGCCCUGCACCUGGCUGCUAGUUGCCAGAACAUUGGAGGCGUAGGGAAGUCGUUACAUUUAGUGAACUGCAAUGGUGGGGAGCAAAGUACGGAUUUUCGGUCAAAGAUUAUGGGGGAAUAUCAUUUAAAGUGUUCUGAAUCGAAAAAGCAAGCAUUAAAGACACUUGUGGAAUCCUGUGAAGACCUCGAUAAACGUGAUAGUCUUGGAAACACGGCCAUGAUUUUGGCUGCGAAGAACAAAAACUGGGAGUUUGUGAAACUGUUGAUCGAACAUGGCGCCAGCACAGAUCUCGUGGAUGAUAACUGGCGAUCUGUUCUGCAUGUACUUGCUCUCACUGGCGGCCAGAUGGAUCCCCUACUGGCUACCAAGGUUGUCGAGCAAUGUAAGAGUCAGAUAAACGACACAGACUUGAACGGUAGUUCACCUCUUCACCUGGCUGCCUGUUCUCAGAGCUGGACUGUAUUCAAAGUGCUGCUCGAUCUUGGAGGAGACCCUGGGAGGCGAGAUGGAUCAGGAUACACGGUCUUGCACACAUUGGCUGGCACUGGGAGGGACCAGGUACAACACGUCACUUCCUUAUUUACCCUCCUGACUCAGCAAGGUGUUGAUCUCAACAUUCCGUGUCCAGAAGGUAACACCGUCUUGCACAUUGCUGCAAUGCAAAAGAACUGGACAUUAGUCAAACAUCUAAUGCAUUCUGGUGUCGACGCAGAGCGCUGCAAUACAGAAGGCUUCAGCGUAAUUCACCUUGCAUUUUCUUAUCUUCAUUCACACGAGAGUUACAAAGAAGCAUCCCGUGAUAGUGAUCUUAAUACAUUUCUCUCUGCUCUUCUCCUUUUUCACAAAAGAAAUCCUACUUUCUGCAUGGGGGACACAAUUUUAAACGUAGCGGCCAAGCAUGAAAACUGGGCCGUGGUCAGCUACUUGCUACACAAGGGAGCCCACAACCAGGAGCUAGAUAAGGAACGCAUUCAUGUCCUUCAGAGGCUCAUUCAAUCUCCAAAAGAGACACAAAUAACAGUGUCUCUUUUUAGUCUUCUAAUGAAUGAAGCAGAAAGAAAUAUGCAGUUUUCAUGUAGAGACUAUAAUGCAAUGCUGCAGCUUUCCGCCAAGCAUGAGAAAUGGAGCUUUGUUGAUUACAUCCUGACACGCCAUGGUGGAGACGUGGACGAGCUAGACGGCGAGGGUUUCAGCGUUCUUCACAGAAUGGCUAUCAGCAGGGGAAAAACAUUUAAAGAAGGACAUUUUUCUGUAGUCAGGUCUUUUUUAAGAUAUUCCUUAGAACUUAAUAUUAACCAACGAGUCACUUUCCUCAUCCUUGAGGCUGCUGCUGCAGGAAAUGUCGACGUCGUGGAGGCACUGCUCGACAAUUUUGAUGAAGUCAACACAAUGGAUUGUCAAGGGUUCACAGUUCUUCACAGAGUGGCCCAGUGCUGUGUAACAAAAUCAGUGUCUAUUAUUCGCCGUCUUGUCGAGAAGGGAGCCGAUGUAGACCAACAGUGUCCAUACGGAAACACAGCCGUACAUCUCGCUGCGAAAAGCAACAACUGGCUGAUUGUCCAGCAUCUGUUGAUGUCUGGAAGUAGCACCCAGAAUCUUGACAGUGAAGGUAUGUUAGUUUUACACAGACUGAUAAGUCAGCCAUGCCUACGAUGUCAGAAAUGCCGCAUCGGCCCUCCUGCUAAAAGGCCAGUCUGCUUGCUGAGUGCGAUAUUAGCCAACGGUGCAUCCGUUGGGCAGAAAGAUUGCAAUAAUAACAGCCCAUUGCAUCUUGCUAUCAAGUAUGAACAUUGGGAUAUGGCGAUAGAGCUGAUGUCGAGAGGAGCUAUCUUGAACGAGCCAGAUCCUGAAGGGUGCACCAUCUUACACAUUCUUGCCAAGCGAGAUAACUUGAUUCGGGGCGAUAUGGCUUUAGAAAGAAGCUGUGUAGCUUGCUGCUUAGAGAGUGAUCAAGACAGCAAAUUUCACUUUCUGUUUUCUGCACUUGCUAAACAAAAUAUUAAUCAUCUUGAUAUCUGCAACACAAUCGUAGAUCACUCAAAUAUCAUAGACAGCUUAGAUCACUAUGGUAACACAGCACUGAUGUUGUCAGCAAAGAACAAUAACUUGGACAUCACAGAGCAAUUAUUGACGAAAGGAGCAAAACCUGGCUUAAUAAACUAUAGUGGACUGUCUACUCUUCAUGUUCUUGCUAUUGCUAAACAUACGACAUCUGGCGACCUGCAAAACAAAAUAGUAAGACGGUUGAUCUCCCUUGGUGUUGAGGUCAAUGCACGAGACUCAGAAGGCCACACGCCGGUACAACUGGCAGCAAUGCAUGGGAACAUGGACAUGGUGGAGGUGCUAUUGGAGUUUCCAGUGAUUGUCAACGAGACUGACAGUGAGGGUUUCACCUUGUUGUCGAGAGUCGCCCAGACAUUGUCUCCCAGAUGUAAGGACAUCGCCAAGCGCCUGGUGAGUAAAGGUGCUGAUGUCAACAUGACAUGUCCUGAUGGCAAGUCACCGCUAUUGCUGUCGGUGAUAGCUGGGAAUUGGCCCGUGAUAUUACAGUUGUGGGAUUCAACAUCCAGAAACAAUAUAGAUGUUGUACUGCAAGAGCAAUACCUCAUUCUCCAUCGCCUGAUUGAAGACGUAAACCUGGAUAAGUGGACUUCAAAAGAGUUGGCUGUGAAAGCAAUAAACUCAAAUAAGGACACCCUAACGCACAGAUCACCUGAUGGUGCAAAUGCUUUGCAGUUUGCAAUCAUAGAAAAAAAGUGGAACCUUGCUGCGCUGAUUCUUGAGCAUGGGGAAUAUUCAGAUAUAGAAUCUCUCACAGGAAACUCCGCAUUCCAUGUUUUAGCAGAAAUUUCGGCCCAUAUAAGAGAUCCAAAGCUAAUUCAGGGCUUGAUGCCUAAUAACAAUUUCAACAUAAAUGUGCGUGACCAUGAUGGCAACACACCUUUGAACAUUCUAGCUAAAGUUGACGGCUGGGUCUCAUUUAAACUGUUUGUUGAGCGCGGGGGAGACCUCAACAUUCCUGACAGCGAGGGAUGGACUGUAGUUCAUAAACUAGCCAUGAGCUGGAGAGAUCGUUCUGAUAUUUUAGUCACAUUAGUGGAAUACGGUGCAGAUAUACACAGGUCAGGACCAGGACACAAGACAGCCGUGAUGCUGGCACUGGAGAACAGGAACUGGCCAGUUUUUUGGCAACUCUUACAGUUAGGAGCUUCCUACGACUGGGAUCCAGCUGAAAAAUGCUUACUUCUCAAACACUUGUGUCGUUUUCCAAUAAGUAAUAUUCAAGUAAAUCAACUUCGACGAAUUAUAAGUUCUCUUACACAGCCAACUGCUAGCAGAACAUGCUCCCUUGGUGCCAGUGUUUCAAGUCAAGCACAAGCAUCCUUACAAGCAGGCGCAAGAAGUUCUGAGUUGACAGUAGUCCAGCAUCUUCAGUCCAGAGAUGAUGUGGUAAAAGCAUCUCAGUGUUCUUUUGAAAGGUGUGUCAGAUGUUCUAAUUGGACAGUGGCCAAGGAAUUGCUUCAGUCUUGCCCUCACAUUGAUAUAGAAGUCCCGAUUUCUGGAAAACCUCUGAUCCACGUAAUGGUCUCUUUAUAUCAAGAAGACGAUCACGUGAUCUGGGUGUCAUUUCUGACUGAACUGCUUAACCGUGGACUUGAUAUCAACAGUUGUGAUGAAAGGGGAAGAACAGCUUUAAUGAAAUGCAAACCUUUACUCAGCUUUAGAAUGACAGACAAAGAUGACGAAGAAGUUCUGUACAAAGUCUUGCUAGAAAAAGGUGUUGAUCCUUCAAUAGUUGACAGGACGGGGCAUUCAUUGCUAACACUUAUGAUAAUGAAUUUGUAUGACAUGCAUCCUGCAGAAAUAGUCAAAAGACUUAUUAAAAUGGGAGUGACAUUUUGUGAACCUUCGUUUAAGGUUAGUGAGAUAGGUGACACUGUGCCACUAUAUUUAUGUCGGCUGGUAGAAGCGAUGGAGGGGAUGGAACUGCCUGUCUUGAAGAUCGUGGUAGAAUGUGGUGUCUUAUCUAUGUUUGAACUCUUCUUUCUCAAGACAAUUAAUGAAAAGGAGGAAAUACAAGACUCAGAUGGCGAGUCUAUUAAUUCAGAAGUAAAAGGCAUUCGCCAGUUUGUAGAAGAAGCAACUACUCAGCCCCGAUCUUUGGAAUCUCUUUGUCGUAUCGUUGUUUCUCGCUCUCUACCUUGCGGCGUGAGCAGAACUGACUUUGUUAUGUCCCUUCCUAUCCCGACUAUCUUGAGAGACUAUGUACUGUUCACUGAUGAGGUAUCCCAGCUUCAUUCUUCCUUAAAAGUCUUGGAACGAGACCCAUCUUUCGAGUACGACACAGAUGAUGAGUAUUAUUUCUAUGAUUCUGAUGAUGAGGAGACUGACGAAGAGAUUAAUACUGAUGUGCAUUAG